CCGCCCCAUUGUCUUGCUUCGGCCUGGUCAUCCCUGUGAUCCUCCCAAGGCAGGCCUCUCCGCUGUGCCCCCUCUGCGCCUUCUGCUCCUUCCGAGUCUGACGAAGGGCCCCCCUUUCCUGGCCCUAGAGCAGGACAGACUUUUAUCUCUUCAUCGGCCUUCCAAGAGGCGCUUCCGGUUCCAGGGGGGCGUGUACUUGGCUAACAGAAGCUUUGGGGGGGACGAGGGCCGAGAGCUCGGGCUGCUCCUCGUCCCCUCUGAGUCUUAGGGACCCCAGGCUGCUCCUGACCGCACUGCUUGGAACUAGUGCUUCGUGGUGGCCGUGACCCGGGGCAGGUUCUUCCGCCCCAGGCUCUGGCCCGUCGGUGUCUGGAGGUUCCCCCGCCGCAGGAGUGCCGCUUGAUUUUCUCUGAGACGAGCCCACCCGUCCAGCAAGAUAGAGUCCCUCAGGGUGACGGUUGAUUUCCUGAAGGUGCCCCUUGGCCUGAAGAAGCCGGUGCUGAAGGAGGUGGCUGUGGGGCCCCCCAGAAGGCCCCAGCCCGUGGCCCUGGAGCGCUACAAGGCGCGGCGUUCGGACGCCAUGGACACCGAGUCCCAGUACUCGGGCUACUCCUACAAGUCGGGCCACUCCCGCAGCUCCCGCAAGCACAGGGACCGCCGCGACCGGCACCGCUCCAAGAGCCGAGACGGGAGCCGCGGCGACAAGUCAGUGACAAUCCAGGCUCCAGGGGAGCCCCUGCUGGACAACGAGUCCACGCGGGGGGAUGAGCGGGAUGACAACUGGGGGGAGACCACCACAGUCGUCACGGGCACCUCAGAGCACAGCAUCUCCCACGAUGACCUCACGCGCAUCGCCAAGGACAUGGAGGACAGCGUCCCCCUGGACUGCUCCCGGCACCUGGGGGUGGCGGCGGGGGCCACGCUGGCGCUGCUGUCGUUCCUGACGCCGCUGGCCUUCCUGCUGCUGCCCCCGCUGCUGUGGCGGGACGAGCUGGAGCCGUGCGGCACGGCCUGCGAGGGCCUCUUCAUCUCCGUGGCCUUCAAGCUGCUCAUCCUGCUGCUGGGCAGCUGGGCGCUGUUCUUCCGGCGGCCCAAGGCCUCGCUGCCCCGCGUGUUCGUGCUGCGCGCCCUGCUCAUGGUGCUCGUCUUCCUGCUCGUCGUCUCCUACUGGCUCUUCUACGGGGUGCGCAUCCUGGACGCCCGCGAGCGCAGCUACCAGGGCGUCGUGCAGUUCGCUGUGUCGCUGGUGGACGCGCUGCUCUUCGUGCACUACCUGGCGGUCGUGCUGCUGGAGCUGCGGCAGCUGCAGCCUCAGUUCACGCUCAAGGUGGUGCGCUCCACCGACGGCGCCAGCCGCUUCUACAACGUGGGCCAUCUCAGCAUCCAGCGCGUGGCCGUGUGGAUCCUGGAGAAGUAUUACCAUGACUUCCCUGUCUACAACCCCGCCCUCCUCAACCUGCCCAAGUCCGUACUGGCCAAGAAAGUGUCUGGCUUCAAGGUGUAUUCCCUCGGAGAGGAGAACAGCACCAACAACUCCACGGGCCAGUCCCGGGCUGUGAUUGCGGCCGCGGCUCGGAGGCGGGACAACAGCCAUAACGAAUACUACUACGAGGAGGCCGAGCACGAGCGGAGGGUGCGCAAGCGGAGGGCCAGGCUUGUGGUGGCGGUGGAGGAGGCCUUCACUCACAUCAAGCGGCUGCAGGAAGAGGAGCAGAAGAACCCCAGGGAGGUGAUGGACCCCCGGGAGGCAGCCCAGGCCAUCUUUGCCUCCAUGGCCCGCGCCAUGCAGAAGUACCUUCGCACCACCAAGCAGCAGCCUUACCACACCAUGGAGAGCAUCCUGCAGCAUCUCGAGUUCUGCAUCACUCAUGACAUGACGCCCAAGGCCUUCCUGGAGCGGUACCUGGCAGCCGGACCCACCAUCCAGUACCACAAGGAACGCUGGCUGGCCAAGCAGUGGACACUGGUGAGCGAGGAGCCCGUGACCAACGGGCUCAAGGACGGCAUCGUCUUCCUCUUAAAACGCCAGGACUUCAGCCUGGUGGUGAGCACCAAGAAGGUCCCGUUCUUCAAACUCUCGGAGGAGUUUGUGGAUCCCAAGUCACACAAGUUUGUCAUGAGGCUGCAGUCUGAGACCUCGGUGUGACUGAGCAGCAGCGGCGGGGGACACGGGGUCCUGCGGGUGGGGGAGGGCUCGGCUCUCGUCUCCUGCCGCCUCUGUCCUGCCCCCAUUUACUUUUACUUGAAUUGACUCCCUCACCCGUGUGCUCCCCUCCUCCUAACUGCCCCGCGUGAGCCUGAACAGGCCACUGUGCCAGCAGAGCCUGGGAAGCGCCCCCCCGCCCAAGCCCUCACUUGGUGACAUCGUGCAGGAAGCCUGUGCCUCUCCCCCUCCCUCCGGGAUGGCAGUCCUUUCCAAGCCCCCACUUCCUAACCAGGCAGGUUCUUGUCGCAGCUUCCUUCUGUGGCCCAGACAGUGUCUUGGGGCACAGAUGGGACCGCAGAGAGCCUCGGUGCCAGACUCCUCCAGAUGGCGGGUCCCGGCCCCUUCUGCCCGCUAACCCGCAGGGUGCCCCGCGUCCCCCACUGCAGGGUCCGUGUCGGGGGCCCCGCCAGGUGGUCCCUGUGGGCCAGGUGGUCCCUGUGGCCGUCAGAGCCUGCCCCGCGCAUUCACACUGCAGAGCGAGGGGCGAUCUGGCCUGUGUUCCUGAGCCUCCAGCUUGUUUCUGAGUCGUGGGGUCUCUGGUGACCAGAGACCCUCUGAGCGCCCCUCCUGGGCUGUGGGGGGUUCCUUCCCUCCCUGGGUCCCACCCAGGCAGCCUGGGAGGUCUGGGGGAGCAGCGCCCACCCCUGCCCAACCCCUGCCCAUGACCUUCCCGAACCUUCGUGCCCUCCCUGGGGCAGCCUGCCCUUGGGGAAGGAUGGAUGGCAGGGCGACUCCCGCAGAUCGAGCGGCUUGGGACCACACCGACCAACUUCUUUCCUCCUCUCCGUCCCCCGACCCCCCCCACCACGCGCCCCGACGCCCCCCCACCAUGCGCCCCGACCCCCGUGUGUCUUUUCUCAGCGCCAGGGCCCUGUUGCCUCAUCUAAUUUGUGGGGGAAGCCACCUGCUCCUCCUCACCCCUGCCUUAAGCCCACUUUGCCUCAGGGGUCUCCUCUCCUUGGCUGGCCAGGGUCCCCUCCUGUCUCCCCGCCUGGUCCCCUGGGCGCUUGUGUCCUUCGGUGUCGGGGUGAGGGGCCCCCGGGCUCUCCGUCCAUCCCAUGGAGCUCCUGUCGUCUACACCCAGUCCCGGUUCCCGAGAGUUUGGGUCUCGGUCUGAGCACACUUCCCCCGCCUUCUCAGAAUUUGAGCCUCUGCCUUGGACGCCCGUGGGUCCGGGUUUUAGCCGAGGGUGCGGGACCCCCCGGGCUGCAGGGUGGCGGCCAGACCCCUCCUCGGGCGCUCAGGCUGCUUGGCCCCUGGGACGAGGUCCCCCCCCCCGCCCCCACCUGCGUGGAGGGUCCCCGUCCCCAAGCCACCUCCGAUGCCCCCGCCGCUUGGCUGGAGAAGGGCUCGGGGUGUGGGGCUUGUCCCGGCUCGGGGGUGGGAGGUAUCCCUCUGCCCUUCGAGGGCCUGGCUUCAGAGGAGUCCCUCCUGGGGCACGUUCCUAAAUACCUCACUGUCCUGCAAAAGGCCCGGAUGGGGGGCAGCAGCUGGGGGGCAGCAGCGGGGUGCGGUGCGCGAGGGAGGGGCGGGGGG